UGAAGAUAAGUGUUAAACGUGAAGCGUCUUAUUUUUGUUGGACACUACACAUGAAGUUAUCAAUCCUGUUUGUUGCUUUCUUGACUACCAUCAAGCCUGAUCUAGGGGAAGGAGAUAAAAUAACCAGUGAUUGCAUAUCGUCGGGAUUUGGACAGGAGGCACAUUUAACUUGUUAUGGACAUUUUAAAGCGGGAGUAUACUGGAUUAAACCAAACGGUGAUAUUGUCAGAGAGUGUGGCCCGCAAAAAAAAGAAUCAUGCUUUACUACACCUCAAGGAUACCGCAGUCCCACGGAUGACGAUCUAACCGAAGACACCUUGGUGAUAAAGUCUUUAGAUCAAAGUCAUGUUGGUGUUUGGAUUUGCCAAGAUGAUGAAUUUGAAAAUGGAAGUCACGUAUCAAAAGCUACUUGUUCGAUAGGCACUGCAAAGGAGAAGGCCUGUGCAGAUGGCUUUUGGGGUCAGUCUUGCUCUAGCAAAUGUGGUAGCUGUAAAGAAUCUAAAUGUGACAAAGAUACUGGAAGAUGCACAUGCAAGUCUGGAUGGGCUACGCCAAAAUGUACAGCCUGUGCAGAUGGCUUUUGGGGUCAGUCUUGCUCUAGCAAAUGUGGUAACUGUAAAGGAUCUAAAUGUGACAAAGGUACUGGAAGAUGCACGUGCAAAUCUGGAUGGGCUCCGCCAAAAUGUACAGGUUGGUAUUCGUUAUUGGUGCAUUCGACAGUACUAUAGUAUGUAUACCCAACACUUUAAUUUUGAGAUACCGCAUUAGUAUCAGAUUGAAGUAUUCUAACGUUUGAUCUUAAGACAUUUAUGAAUAAGAAAAAAAGAUGCUAUUCGUCACUUAUUCUGAAUCAUAUAUACAUGGUUAUUAUAUACUAUACAAAUCGUAGCAUGUAUUACGUGGUAAACAAAUAUGUGUGUAUUAACAUACUGAAUUGAAUCUCUUAUCGCAUUUACCAUUUGUUCACGUAGUUAUAUACCAGUGUUAUCAUCAACUGCUAAAUAUUACUGCAAUUAUACCAGCACAAUAUUAUGUUAAUUUUUAAUCAUGAUCUCUAUGCGAACACCGUUAGCGUGAUUAAAAUCGUUGUCUGCACUUAUAUUUGAGAUAUAAUUUCCCUUCUAUAUUACAAUUUUUGAUCCAUAGCAAAUAUAAAACUUUUCUAUGGAGAUACCAAUCUAAAAAGAUAUGAGACUGCAAAAUGUGUCAAAUUAAAGCUGAAAUUGUGACACAAAUAUUUAAUCAACCCGAAUGACGUCAUU